AUGGACGCCGAGGACGAGCGUGAGCUCCUGAAGAAGAUACGAGCGCUGGAGGAGGGCCAGGCCGAGCUCAAGCGGCAGGUGUCCAAGCUCCAGCGCCGCGGCUCCUCGUCGCAACAGCCCGCCGAGCAGUCCUCGUCGGCGUCGCGGUGCACCGGGAUGUCCGCCAGGCACCACAUGAUGGCCAUGCAGUCCCUGGGGCAGGCCGCUCACGUCCUUGACCUCCACGGGAAGGUCCUCUACUGGAACCGGAACGCCGAGCGUCUGUACCACUACUCUUCGGCGGAAGCGGUCUGGCAGGACAUCACGAGCCUGAUCAUCCAUCCCGACGACAUCCCUGCGCUGAACACCAUCAUCGGCAACAUAUUCACCGGCAAAUGCUGGAGAGGGAAAUUCCCCGUGAAGAAGAAAUCGGGGGAGCGGUUCUUCGUCGUCGCCGACGCCACUCCUCUGUACGACGACGACGGCAGCCUGAUGGGCCUCAUCUGUCUCGCCGAUGACACAAGAACACUGAAAGAUCUCAUUGGUACUUCGACGUCAGGAUACUAUUAUUACCCAAAGGAUUGA